CGACGUCCCCCACGACAAAGAGCACCACCAGAAGCACAAGCGGAAGCGAGCGACAGGAACAGAGAAAAGAUGCCGCCUAGCGUGAACCUCGCAAAGUUCUGGGCCAAGUUCGGUCCCGAGUUCGGCCGUACCACGCGCCACUUGUCGCCGUACGAGGUGCACCCAGUUCGCAGCCUCAUCACGACGAUGCCGUACAAGACAGUCCGCAAGAUCAAGGAGAACGGUCUGGUGCUUAUCCCGGCCACGGUCCUGCUGGUGGGCACCGUCAAGUGGGGAAACGCGGCUAACGACGCUGAGCACCGCACGCACUGGAGCUAAGCUAACAAGUGAUCAGAGCAAGGAGAGCCCCCUCAAGGCGAAGCUCCUCUCGUUGUGAAGCCAUUUGCGAGUAGAUGCAGGUAUGAAGGAAAGGAAUCAGCGAGACUUUCUCGGUGCGAGGAGGCAGGAUCUUUGCAGCAGGAAGUCUGGCAGGUGGAGCAGCAGGAGAACGUCGAGCUACCGUGUGGCCUCGUGGUCUCGUGAAGCAUGAUCAAGACUACACGUGUUGUGCGGGAGCAGGGUGGCAAUAAAGUACAUGAAAUAAGCAAGAAAAACACGAAAAAAAAUUGAGCAGCAA